GAAAACACGGGUUAGGGAAGGUUUUAAAAAAUAUACCACUUAUAGUUCAAAUGUAAUGUUAUGUUGGAACAAAUGAUCUAAGAGUACUACAGGAUAAAACUACUUUCAGGAAGAUGAGUACUAGACUUUUUAGAGCCACAGUGCAGGACUGUGACACUUUAAUCAAAGUUUUACACAAUCUCAGUCUUGUAGUACAGAUGAAAGCUCGCCGUAAUCAAGCAGGACUUUGGCAUCGACUGCAAAUUCUAAUUUGGCACAGGGACACUAUGAUUACAGCGCUCACCUUCAACAGCUCCAGAGAAAGAGAAAAUGUAAAUAAAAUAACAACAAUUAGAAGAAAAAUAAAAAUGCAUCAAAAUAAAGACCAGCAGGUGCAAAGGUUAGGGCUACAGGGGACUAUUGUAAAGGUGGGUCAUUCCACCAUCUUUUAAAAAACUGGGGCAGACACCUAUAUCUAUUUUGUUCUAUUCAGAUUAAACUAUCGAUUGAUUUUUUUUUUGGUGGUUUUUUUGGUACAACUUCCCAUAUUUGUUCAAUUCAUCAUGAAAGUGGAAUCAAAAUAACAUUUUGUGACUGAAAGUUUAGUGUUAAUAAAAACACUAUAUAUGUCUUAUUUAGCAGUAUAGUGAAAUGUAACUUUAUUGCAUUCAGAAAUUGUCACUAGUUGUCUUUUGCAAUGUGAAGUUUUUUUUUAUUAGUGUGUGCUCAAAUAUGAGAGUAUACAGGACAGCUUUAGUUUAGUUUUUCAGAUUUUAGCUAAUCAGUAUUCACACAGUUUUUGAGAUAUUCAUGUUCAAACACUGGUUCAGAUUUUUGUUUUUUAAAAUGGGUUGACGCACCAGUUUUCACAAAAAUAUAUCUUGAAACACAAAGCACAAGUUUCAAACCGAUAAUUAUACAUGUUCAAACUUUGAACUAUAAAAUGUUUAGGCAAAUUUGAUGAUUUGAAUCGAAGAGACCCAGCUGCAAUAACCUUUUAGUAAAAGAAAGUCACUUUCAGUGUUUACAAUGAUCUACAACACACACAAACACAAAACAGCAAAUCACAACAUACUAUAAAUAAACCAUAACUAAAUCAAUACAUAAUUAUUUUCUAAAUCAAGAAAGGUUUGCCAAAACAAAAUGAUGCAUUCAAAACAAAAAAAUUCACAUUUGCUUCCAAAAACAUUAAACUACAUUAAAACUUCUUUUUUUAAAUUGAGUAAAAGGUUCAAGAAGAAAUGGAGAGGGCACACUCUGUCCUGCUCCUUCGUACAAUUAAAUUGUAAGGCUGUUAAAGCCAUCAGAGUCACAAAAUUAUUCCACUGAAAUCUGACAUUUAAACUAAGAAAAAGUGUCACCUUGUGGCAAAAGCUGCAACUACAUGCACCCAAUGACAGAUAACAUGUUAGCAGCAAAAAACUGUUAAUUUUCGGACGGUGUUAUCAGGUUAACUAUCAUCUACAGCUUUUUAGCGAAAAUCCUUCAAAUACACCUGAAAAUAUAAAUAUUUUUUAAAUCCGAGGCUCAACCAGCUGACCUUGAGAGAUCACAGCUUUUCAAACAAUGGGAGUGACUUAUGACAGCCAGCUACACGUGAAGGACAAACCCUGCAGCCAGCACACCGUGACUCUGUGCUUGGGACAUGAAGUCCAGCUGGACACGCCGUUAUUUUCUAUCCUGCACAUCGAUGCGGCUAACUUACCAGGCAAGCUGCAGCAGUCUACGACCUGCUGGUGUCACCAGACUGUCUGCCAGACUUGCUCCAAGGAAGCUUGAAGAACAAAGGAAGAGAUGAGGCUUUCCUGCUCUCGUCCUUUAGGCUCCACAGCAAGGCACCCACCUCUCUCUUCAGUGUCAUCAACCCCACAGACAACACUAAAUACCUUGACCUCACCAUGCAAGCCAAACUGAGCAAAGUGACUGUUCGUUACCAGAAGACUGAUGGCAGAUUUGGUACAACCAGUUUCAACCAUGCAUCCCUGGCAGAUGGACAAGAGCACCACGUGAUGCUCCAUGCCAGCGGUCUACAGCGUGGCCCUGGUCGUGUUCACAUCUAUGUAGACUGCAGGCUGGCUCACACUUUGGAUGGUGUGCCAGCCGCGUUUGGGUCACUUCCACAAGGUCCCAACAAGGUGGCACUCAGGACGCUGCAGUCAAGAGGACAGGGUGAAGUGACAGACUUGAAGCUGGUGAUAGAGGACACCAUAGACAAUGUGGCCACUCUGCAAGACUGCACCAUGGAUCAAGCUGAAUCUCUGCAGCUGCUGGCACUGCAAGGUGGCAGGAUGAUGCAAGAUCAGGCCACCAUAACAGAGCUGAAGAGCAUGUUAUCUGAGAUGAAGGAGCUGCUCAACCAGCAGAUUAAGGAGACACAUCAUCUCAGGAAUAUCAUCACAGAGUGUCUGAGCUGUGACAGAAUUAAUGGCGAUCCAAACAAACAUCCUGUUCCAACGCCUCAGAACUUUCUCAUGCCUGACCCCCCGGCUCCGUGCCCACUUGGGACCUGUUUCAGACAGGACAUGUGUGUCCGCUCCCCGUCGGGGUCUUUCCAGUGUUCCCCCUGUCCUGAUGGAUUUACAGGAGAUGGAGUGUAUUGUGAUGAUGUAGAUGAGUGCCAGUUUAAUCCAUGCUUUCCUGGUGUUCGGUGCGUAAACACUGCUCCUGGCUUCCGCUGUGAGAAAUGCCCCCGAGGAUACACUGGACCAGAGUUAAAUGGAGUGGGAGUUUCAUAUGCUAAGACUCACAAACAGGUGUGUGAAGACAUAGAUGAGUGUCUGGGCCCGCCUGAGAAUGGAGGUUGCACUGCCAACUCACACUGCUACAACACUGCUGGUUCCUUCCGCUGUGGCGAGUGUAAAGCUGGCUUCACAGGUGACCAGAAUACAGGCUGCCAUGGUACCAGACUUUGCCCCAACGGUCAACCAAACCCCUGUGACAUCAAUGCUGAGUGUGUUGUGGAAAGAGACGGCAGCAUUAGCUGUAUGUGUGGGGUUGGUUGGGCUGGCAAUGGCUAUGUGUGUGGAAAGGACACAGAUAUUGAUGCAUAUCCUGAUAAUAAGCUUCGGUGCAGAGACAACAACUGUAUCCAGGAUAACUGUGUGUUUGUGCCAAACUCUGGUCAAGAGGAUGCAGACAGGGACGGGCUGGGUGACGCCUGUGAUGAUGAUGCAGACAGUGAUGGCAUUAUUAACAUAGACGAUAACUGCUGGCUGGUUCCUAAUGUGGACCAGAGGAACAGCGAUAAGGAUGUCCAUGGCGACGCCUGUGACAACUGCAGAACAGUCGAAAAUCCUUCACAGAGAGAUACAGACAGAGACGGCCUAGGGGAUGAAUGCGACGAUGACAUGGAUGGAGACGGCUUGAAAAAUAUUCUCGACAACUGCCCACGAGUCCCCAACCCAGAUCAGAGAGACAGAGACAGUGAUGGGGUGGGAGACGCCUGUGACAGCUGUCCUAAUAUGGCCAACCCCAACCAGUCUGACUCAGAUGAUGACCUUGUAGGAGAUACCUGUGAUGAUAAUAUAGACAGUGACGGUGACGGCCACCAGAACACAAAGGAUAAUUGUCCCACAGUCAUCAACUCCGCUCAGCUGGACACGGACAAAGAUGGAAUGGGAGAUGAAUGUGACAAUGACGACGAUAACGACGGCAUACUGGAUGAAGACGACAACUGCAGACUAGUUGCCAAUCCAGACCAAAGGGACUCUGAUAACAACAAAGUCGGAGACGCGUGCGAAGGAGACUUUGACAAAGACAGCGUCAUCGACAGAAUUGAUCACUGCCCAGAGAACGCUGAGAUCACCCUGACCGACUUCAGAGCCUAUCAAACCGUGGUGCUGGACCCAGAGGGCGAGUCUCAGAUCGACCCCAACUGGGUAGUUCUCAACCAGGGCAUGGAGAUAGUGCAGACCAUGAACUCUGACCCUGGGCUUGCUGUAGGCUACACAGCUUUCAGUGGCGUUGACUUUGAGGGAACUUUCCACGUGAACACCGUGACAGAUGACGACUACGCCGGCUUCAUUUUUGGCUACCAGGACUCCUCUUCCUUCUACGUAGUGAUGUGGAAGCAGACAGAACAAACCUACUGGCAGGCCGCGCCCUUCAGAGCCGUUGCUGAGCCGGGAAUACAGCUCAAGGUGGUGAAAUCAAAGACAGGUCCCGGUGAAUAUCUGAGGAACUCCCUUUGGCACACAGGAAACACCGCUGACCAGGUGCGUCUACUGUGGAAGGAUCCCAGGAACGUCGGCUGGAAAGACAAGGUUUCCUACCGCUGGUUCCUCCAGCACAGGCCGCAGGUUGGAUACAUCAGGGCUCGCUUCUUUGAGGGUUCAAAUCUGGUGGCGGACACUGGUGUGAUCAUUGACACCAGUAUGAGAGGUGGGCGCCUGGGCGUGUUCUGCUUCUCUCAGGAAAACAUCAUCUGGUCCAAUUUGAAGUACCGGUGCAACGACACUAUACCUGGUGACUACCAGGAUGUGCUCAGAGCACAGAAUGAAGGGCAGUAAGACACAGGAGAAACAACUUAAGCCCUGCUGUAAACAUAGAUUAAAGGGGCAGAGCGGCGGUGCUCUGAGCAGAGAACUAAAGUCAGAUUAAUGUCAGAGGAAACAUCAUGGGCAGUUUUGGGGAUUGCAUUAUGAAGUUUUAGGAAAGCAAAACAUUGGGCAUUAUAUACUUAAAUGCAAUGUAACUGAAACAGCGCAUUCACUUUGCAGUUUUUGUUUAUAUCUCUGAAAUAUCGCCUUCAGUUAUCCAGUUUAUGAAUGCAUUGUACAUCUUAAGUACAAUAAA